UGAGUGAGGAAGUGUUUUUGGUGACUUGGACUUCAUCUAGUGUUGAGUCAACAGUCUCAGUCGAGCUGCAGCAGGACGGAAGAGUCUUUAAGUAAUACAGCAAUGUGGACCUUUAAUGGAUACUGUCUUUACAUCUUUGUCAUACUAAUCUUUGGGAAUCUCCAGGGUGUGUGUGUUGUUUUGGCCGACACAGUGAUGGUGCUCAAAGCUGGGAGCUCCCUGGAUCUUCCAUUAAAAUAUCCAGUCGAAUCAGGGUUAUUAGUUCAGUGGGCCUUCAAUAAGAGCGCUUUUGCCGAAUACAGUGCAGACCAAAAUUACACAUUUCUGGACUCACAGUUCACUGGACGGUUAAAGGGGGAUGAUGAUAAAGUUGGAGUAACUGUACAAGAUCUUCGACCUCAAGACUCUGGAACCUUUGUGGUGACUGCAAAUAGCAUUAAUACACAGUAUCCAACACAGAUAUUUAAAGUUUAUAUUCAGAGUCCUAUAACAGCUGUGCAGAUUGAGAAGUCUCAAACAUGGCUGACAUCCACAAACAGUUGUGAAGUUGUUGUGAAGUGUGCAGCACCCGGAGCUGAGAGGGUCUCCUACUCAUGGAGCGGCUAUCAGAUUGCAAGUGAAGCUCAGCUGCAGUUCAGUCUCUCACCAGCAGAAGGAGCUGUUACACUGAACUGUACUGCAGCUAACAGCAUCAGCUACGGUUCUGCUACAGAGACACUGAGCUGUGAGCAGAACAAAACAAGUGCCAUACAACAGUAUGUGUGGAUUGCAGUAGCAGGAGGAGCUCUUCUUUUACUCUUGAUUUUGGUUGUUGCACUGAUUUGUUGCUGGAGAUCCCGCAAAAAUAGCAGCACUCUUGAAGUUGGUAAUACACUGUAUGCUGAUGUCAAUGCAGGACCCACUGCACACAAAGAUAAGCGAUCUGACAGCUUUGUAAAUGGAAUGACAGUUUAUGAAACUGUGGAUGAUCUCAGAGUGAACCCGGAAAUGACUAUUUAUGCUAAAGUGACACUUCCCCAACAGACAAAGGUCAGCGCUACUUCAUCCUCACCUUAUCAGAAAGUUCUUUAAAAUGUAAAGACAUUAAGAAACCUUACUUUCCUCUUUUUGUAUGUUUUCCUCCCAUUUUUGCACAAAUCCUGUUUUUUGUGCACCUCCAGUUAUGCACGUCAAUUAUUCUCCCCUCUGCACUUCGAUCACACCCAUAGCACUUAACUGCAGAAUGGAGGUGGUCUCAUGAAAGAGGCGUGAUUUAUUUAAAAUUGAGCCACAUUUUGGCUUUCAGGAAAAUGUGGAAUGUGGGCUUCCGCAUUGACCAUAUGAAUGUCACUGAAAUCCAUUAAAGUCAUAAACUAGACUUUGAUUUUGACAAUGAAUGCAAAAGGAGGGCUUAGCAUUCACAUGGUAAAUGCAGAAGUCCACAGUCCAUGUUUUCCAGACAGCUGAAAUGCACAAGGUUGGGACUCAGUCUAUUUCUAUUUUAAAUACAUCACAUCUCUUUCAUGAGGUUGCCUUCAUUCUGAAGUUAAGCCCUUUGGGUGUGAUCAGAGAAUGUAGGGGAGAAUGCACAUAACUGAAAUGUGCACAAGUGGAAGCACGCAAAAAAGGACUUAUGUGUGAAUGGGACACUUGUGUCCAUAGAGAGUGUGUUUAAUGUCAUGCUAAUUCUUGGACUUGGCCCUUUGGACUAUGUUCAUAUACCAGUUUUGUUGUUGUUUUUAAGACUUAGAAAUAUUUUUUUUCUAUAGUUUGGUGUGACAUGAGUGCAUAUGACUAUUUUUGCCUUGCUAAUGCCUAUGUAAAAUGUCAAAUUGUAUAUAUUGUAACUAUAUGGAUUUUUGUCUUAACUGAUGUAACCAUUUUUUUUUUUAUUCAAGUGAUUGAAUAGUCCAUGGUUAGCAUUGCUUUAUUUUUAUCUAUAUUACAGAAAUAAUCUUAAUCAUAAUAUCAUAAUGUUACACAAUAACUAUGGAUUGUUAAAUCUGUACAGUAUUCUUCAUUUAGUUUAAAGUAUUUUUGCAAGCAUUUUUAUGGGGUUGGGAUGGGGGACAAGCUGAUGUCAGUCUUGAUAAUUUAUGUCGACGUUUCCAUAGAUCCGAAAUAUAACGUUUUUAAUUAUUUACAAUAAAAGAAGCACAAUAAACAAACAAUGAAAUAUAAA